ACUGAGGUUAUGAACUUUCAGUGUUUCUAUCACCAGGGUCUGCGGAAGCUCAGACUUUGAGCAUUUUUAAGGUAGAGUUAGUCUUGAUGAAGGGUCCUGCCCAAAACACCAACUCUGCUGCUUGACCUGCCGUGCUUUUUUCCAGCUCCAUGUUAUCAGAGUCAGAGAUUAGAUGCCGGGUUAUUAGCAGCAAACACGUUUAUGGAGUUGGGGGUGGGUAAAAGGCAUUGAAAUGUUCCAUCAGUCAUAAAAGAGACAAAAAAAACUGCAGAUACUGGAGUCCAAUGUAGAUGAUGUAAUCAUGAGGCACAAAAUGGCAGAGCAGGCUCAAUGGGCUGAACGGUCUUCUCCCAGUUUCCACAGCCGUUGUUAUUUUCUGUAUACAGCUUGGUUCCCUCUAGAAUUAUUAUAUGCAUUGUAUUUGUUAUAAUUACUUGUUAUUUAAGAGAAAGAUUCCAUGUUAGAGCAAUGGUGAUCCAAUAUCUAACAUUGGUGGCUCACAGUGGCACAUCCGAACCACGGACAUCCAGAAUGGACUGGAUGACUGACAGGAUUGCGGAGAAGGCGGUAGUAGAUGAGCGUCGCGCAGAUCGAAACGCCGGCGCAGGCGGGGUUUGAUUACUUCUCCCUGAAUUUGUAUGCGUGUGUGUUUAUCUCGGGUCUUGGAGGCUCGAGCCGGAUCAUGAACGCGUCAUAAAGGAGCUCGAGGAGAGUACGCGAGAAAGGAUUCGGGCUGCAGUCAUGACUAACGUAUAUUCUUUCGAUGGGCUCCUGGUCUUUGGCUUGCUUUUUAUAUGCACCUGUGCAUACCUAAAGAAAGUUCCCCGACUAAAUAAGUGGCUACUAUCUGAAAAGAAAGGGGUAUGGGGUGUAUUUUACAAAGCUGCAGUAAUAGGAACAAGACUUCAUGUACCAGUUGCACUGUCUUGCCUUGUCAUGGGUGUUUAUGUUUUGUUUAUUAAAUGACAACCAUAAUCCAAAUAUGAUGAAGAACGUAAGAGGAACAAUAUUUAGAAAAACAUGCAACAAGGAUUAUGAUCAGAUAAUGUUUCCUUUCUGUACAAGAACUGAACACUAUACUGUUUACCCCCUCGUGCUAUCCUGGAGGUGCUUGGAAGAAACAUUAACUAAUGGAAAAGUAAAUUGCUGGUAUAUACAUGGUCCGUACUAAAUCUGUAUCUUUAUUCCAAGGUGUGUGCUUACAGCAAAUCUUCUUCUGUUUCACUUGAAAACAACAUCAUGAAAGACUAGUCAGACAAUUAGUCAACAUCUUUGAGUAUUCAGCUUUGAAGGAAGUAUUUAUGUGGGUCAGUAAGUUUGGAAAUAUUUUGAAUUGGAAACUAUAAUCCUGAGAUAAUCAUUUAAAAUGGGUUUCUUUUUCAAUUUCUGAAUUUAAUCAGAUACUAAAUUUUCAACUUAAAAACAGGAAAUUUUGUCUUGGCAUAUUUUGUCUAAGAUAAUGCGAUUGUUGUACGUUGAUCCAAUUGACUAUGUUUGCUAUGUCUUCCUAAAAUGAUGUAUACUAUGAUUAAAAAUGUAAUGCUUUAUUCAUAAUUUAGGGUGUUGUGGUAAAGUUUAUAAAUAAGAUACUUCACCAAAAAAACAGUAGUUAUAAACUGGAAUCUGUAAAGUGACUUUAGUAAUGAUGAGGGUGCCCAACCUGCCUUAAAAUGUUCUUACUUGUAAGAAGGUGACUGCAUUGGUUUUAUUGACCCAAUGGUUACUGAGAUGAAGGUAGUCGAUUUGUUGGACAUUUCUUUCCUUUUGAUAUUGAAGUUGCAGUAUAUUUUCUUGCAAAAUGUUAUCUGCACUUCAAGGAAUUAUCAUAAUUUUGAAAAGUACAAUAUUAAAUAAAAACAACUGUUGCAAGGAUAA